AUGGGCGCAGACGCCCGUGAACGCACCUCUGCUACCGUAACAUCUGUUGCAGAGCAGCAACGACAGUAUGGCGAUACUCCAGACGGCGGUUUGCUGGCUUGGACGCAGGUUGCCAUGGGUCAUCUUGUCAUCUUCAACUGCUGGGGAUACAUCACAUCAAGUUUUGGCUUCUUUCAACAGUACUACGUUGAGCAGCUGCAGCGAACAGCCUCUGACAUAUCAUGGAUAGGAUCCAUGCAGAUGUUCCUGCUCAACUUUGUCGGCUUCUUCUCAGGCCGCACGGUUGACUCUGGCCACUUCCGCUUGUCACUAAGCAUCGGCUGCGCAUUCCAAGUCACCGGCGUCUUCCUGACUGCCUUCUCAACGCAGUACUGGCAGCUCUUUCUCGCCCAAGGUGUCUGCAGCGGUCUCGGCCACGGGUUCCUGUUCGCCCCCAUCGUUUCCAUUCUUCCGACGUACUUCAAGAAGAACCGCGCCGUGGCUGUCUCGUUGGCCACGUGCGGCGCCUCAACAGGCGGUAUGGUGUUCCCCAUCAUCGCUUAUUUCGCGAUGCCGAGGUUGGGAUUCAGAUGGACCGUCAUUAUCAUGGGGUGCGUCAUCACUUUCAACGCAACGAUGAUUCUCUGCUUCACGAGGACGCGUGUAGCUACCCGGAAACCUCGUUCGUUGUUUGAUUUACGUGCAUUCACCGAGCUGCCGUACACGCUGUUCGCCGUUGGUUCUUUCUUUGCCCUUUGGGGAAUCUACUUUGCGUACUUCUACAUUGGCAUAUUCGGUCGCUCAGUUCUGGAUUUCUCAUUGACGCAAUCGUUGCUUGCCAUCAUCGUCAUGAAUGGCGUUGGGCUCUUCGGUCGUGUGAUUCCAGCUCUGCUUGCCGACAGAUACUUCGGAAUCUUGAACACGCUGAUUCCCGUCGUCGGCGUAAGUGGUAUUCUCAUCCUCGGCUGGACAGGAGUGUCUUCCACCGGUGGGCUGUUUGGCUGGGCUGUCAUUUACGGGAUUGCUGCAAAUGCUACUCAGAGUCUCUUCCCGGCCGCCGUCGGCGAUUUGAGUACAGAUCCUACGAGAGUCGGCACCAAGGUGGGCAUGGUUUUGGCGGUUGUCGGCGUUGCUUGUUUCACGGGACCACCGAUCGGAGGACGUUUGAUUGCGAUCAACGACGGCAACUAUCUGUACGCGCAACUGUUUGGAGGUCUCUCGAUGUUGGCGGGCUGUGGGACUUACGUCCUAGUGGCAUGUAAGAGACCUAGGAAGUUAUGA